CCAUCAUAUUUUUCUGUUAUUCACAUAGCUCAAAGACGUGCUCAAUAUCCCGAGAUUUCUAAAUAAAAAAAAUUGUGGUGUGUAAAAGUAAAAUACUCAGAAUAAUUAUGAUGAAGACAACCGCAACACUAAUCAAUAGUGUCAAAACAUUGAAAAUUAGAAGUUGGUGUCUGGUUACUAGCGUUUCAAAAAAUGUAAAUGUCUUAAGCAGAAGAGAUGCUCACUCUACGAUUGACCCGAAAGAUUUUUUCCAAGUACCUAAUUAUAAUAAAGUAAUGGAUUCGUUUUGGGAUCCCAAUGGUAUAUUUAAAGCGCUUCAUUCACUGAACUAUAUACGAUUGCCUUUUGUAAGAGACGGUCUCGUAGAUAUAGCGUCUGGUGAAAAGUUGUCUACUUGUCUAAAAGGAAAGAAAAUCCUUGAAGUAGGAUAUGGAGCAGGACUCUUCUCAGAAGGUCUGGCCAAGUAUGGGGCCGAAGUUACUGGAGUAGACACAUGCGAAAAAAUGUUUCAAAUGGCCGUAGACCAUAGCUCUAAAAACAAACGCUUGGCAAACAACAAACCUACUUAUUUAUUAACUAAUAUAGAGGAUCAUAGUAUGUCUUAUCCUGACACGUAUGACGCAGUCGUAGUGUCCGAGGUCAUAGAGCAUGUUGCUCAAAAGGAACUGUUCGUAGAAUGCUGUGUACGCGCCACAAAACCGGGUGGAAAACUAUUCUUUACGACGCCCAGUAGAACGCGUUUCGCCCAGUUUACUUUAAUAUAUGGCUUUGAAAACAUUUUGAAAUGUUAUCCAAAGGGCGCCCAUCUGUAUUACAGCUUUAUGACACCAGACGAACUUAAAUUCAUGCUAGAAACGAGUAGACGACUGCCAUGUGGAGGAUAUAAAGGGCUACAUUUAUAACCCUUUCUCGAACCAUUGGUCUUGGAUUAAACACAAACAGUUCAGCUUUGCUAUGGAGGCUGUAAAAUCACCCAAUAUUGAGAACAAUAAUAAUUAGUUGCAUUCUGAAUUGCAUCAAAAGAAGUUAAUGCGUAUUUUAAAUAAAAAACGCUUUCAUGUUCAAUUUCAAUUCAAUAAUAAUUUUCUAUUUAAUAAAAUAAUUAUAUUAUUACCGUUAUA